AUGGCCGCCAAGGCAACGGGUAAGACCGCGUUACGAUAUUUUCUGGGAACAUGUGUGCCUUCGUCGAAGCAAAAUGCCGCCAAAGUGAGAGUAUCGCGAUUACAAUUUGAUGAUUACAUUCAUAUGUAUUUUAAGGAAAACGAAUUUGUUUAUGCCAAUGAUCCGAAAAAGUUAUGCAAACAGGGUGAUGUGAUUUUGAUACAGACAUUACCACAGAAAUUAACGCGUCUUAUCACACACGAGGUUAUCGAAGUGAUAUAUCCUCUAGGCGAUAGAGUAGAUCCUGUCACAGGAAAAAAAAUUGUUGGAACUAGAUAUAGGGAAGAAAUAGAAGAGUUGACUAAAAUAUAUGGCAAAAGAGACUCAACCUUUGAUUACUCAAAAGCACCACGAAGAGGAAGACUGGAAGGUACGCGAGACUUUACUCAUAAGAAGAUGUAUCUGAAAUACUACGAUAAUCCUGAUGACCCACAACCAGAUAGUAUUCCACUAACAUAA